AUGGAUGAGAUGAUCAAGCUGGCAGAACAGUAUAUGGAAGCCAAUGGAGAGAGUAUAACUGGCAAGACCAAGAAAAACCAGUCAAAGUUGAAACCAGAGGUGGCUGACCAGAAGCAGGAUGCCACCAAAUGUGAACAGAUAUCAAAAGGUGCUAUUUUUUUUUCUGUAAACGAGAAAAAAUUUAAUGGCCAUUGUCCUCUUUAUAGCGAUAUUGUUGUUGUCAUGGUUCCCGGCAAAAACGACUCUUUUCGUUUUGUGACAGAUAUAUAUGCAGAGAAGCGGACAAAAUGGGGAUCAAGUCAUUCGUGUAACUUUUGUAGCUUCAUGCUGGUUGCAUCUUUUGUAUAUGGGUUGACAUUAAUAUGGUUUUUUUGCGUUUGUUCUGGAAAUGGAAACAUAGGAGCAAUUGGUGUUCCAAACCCCUGGAGACUAAUUCCACCAGCCUUAUUGUUUACUACUCUAAUUACUGUCGCAAUGUGUGCUUCUGCUUUCUUGUUGACAAUGGGCAUGCGACACUUUUGUCACCAAAUUGAGACUGGACCAAUUGGAAGCUGUGAUGCUGCACAACAUAUAGCUUGGGAAGCUUAUCCGCACAUGAACGGUUUCUACAGCUUACAUUUAAAAACUGAGGCAGAAGUAACUCGAUAGCAUCUGGAUAGAGAUUUGAAGUCAAGACAACUGAAAAUUUCAUGUAUUCCGAUUAUAACAAAUACUUCCUUUAGAUAUGCUGUUUAUAAACUUAAAUGUCAUUUAAAGUAUCUAUGAAGGUGUUUUUCAUAUAAUUUGUUAAAUAUUCCUGUACCUCUUUUAUUAUAAUCAUAAAACCGAAAUGUAUUACUAAAGCAAUGAUCUUACAAGUUCUUUAUUUAUUUGUACCUCAUCUUUGGUUAAGGUUUGAAACUAGAAUUGUGAUAAAAUUCAGAAAUAAAAUGAC